GGAGUACGACAAGUGCGAGCGCCGCUGCAAGAUCCAGAAGAAGAAUCGCAACAAGUGCCAAUACUGCCGCUUCCAGAAGUGCCUUUCGGUGGGCAUGUCCCACAACGCCAUCCGUUUCGGCCGGAUGCCCCAGUCGGAGAAGCUGAAGCUGAAGGCGGAGAUGGUGACGGGGGAACGGGAGGUGGAGGACCCCCAGCUGGCCGACCAGAAGUCUCUGGCGAGGCAGAUCUACGAGGCCUACCUCAAGAACUUCAACAUGAACAAGGCCAAGGCCCGGACUAUCCUCACUGGCAAGACCAGCAACCCAGUACGUCCCUUCGUCAUCCAUGACAUGGAGACUCUCCAGCUGGCGGAGCGCACGCUGGUGGCCAAGAUGGUGGGCACAGCAGGCGUCCUGAAGGACAGGGAGGCGGAGGUCCGCAUCUUCCACUGCUGCCAGUGCACCUCGGUGGAGACGGUCACCGAGCUCACCGAGUUCGCCAAGUCCGUCCCGGGCUUCUCCGGCCUGGACCUCAAUGACCAGGUGACGCUGCUCAAGUACGGCGUGUACGAGGCGCUCUUCGCCAUGCUGGCGUCCUGCAUGAACAAGGACGGCCUGCUGGUGGCGUACGGCUCGGGCUUCAUCACCCGCGAGUUCCUCAAGAGCCUGCGGAGGCCCUUCAGCGACAUGAUGGAGCCCAAGUUCCAGUUUGCCAUGAAGUUCAACGCCCUGGAGCUGGACGACAGCGACCUGGCCCUGUUUGUGGCGGCCAUCAUCUGCUGCGGGGAUCGCCCCGGGCUGGUGAACGUGCGGCACAUUGAGGGCAUGCAGGAGAGCAUCGUCCAGGUCCUGCGGCUCCACCUGCUGGCCAACCACCCGGACGACGCCUUCCUCUUCCCUAAGCUGUUGCAGAAGCUGGCUGACCUGCGGCAGCUGGUGACCGAGCAUGCCCAGCUGGUCCAGGAGAUCAAAAAGACGGAGGACACCUCGCUCCACCCGCUCCUGCAGGAGAUCUACAGAGACAUGUACUGAGGAACACGGGGAGGUUGGAGGAGGAGCCCCCUGUCUGCCCUCUCCGUACGAUCUUCUUUUUUUU